UUUAAAUCCUGGUAUAAAUCCGUUGCCAGACAGCCCCUCACCAAUACCCUCCGCAAAGCUAUCUGAUCGCGGCGCCCUUCCCUGCAAAUCGCAGCGCCUUCAAUCUACCCCGAUCUCUUAUUCGACUAUGGCGGACAAGAACCAGAAGAAGGCGAAGCGCGAGAGAAGGAAGGCACAUACUGCCUCGAAAACCCUAAAUUAUACUCAGAGUAUGAAGAAAAAGAGCAAGAAAGCGGCGAAGGAUGGACGCAGGUCUAAGUCUGGUCCUCACCUUCCUUCUUCCUUUCUGAGAGAGCUCGGGCUCGAGAAGCCCAUCCCUAACCAAUCUGACCGAGAGGAAGGGGAGGAGGAGAUUGAGGACCUCUACGAGUACGAGGAGGCACUCCCGGAGGAGGAGACGAAGAAGAAUCGGCGCUUCGAUCUAGUUGAAAACUACGAGUACGAGCUUCCUGACGACUUCAAGGAUGAGGACGUGCCGUCGGACGAUGAUGAACACGUGCACUCGGAUGAAGACGAAGGUUUGGCAGACGAGGAAGGGGAUGAUGAGGAUGCUGGUAAGAAGCAUGUGAGGAUGCUCCAGUCAAUCACUGGAUUGCCAGCUGAGGCCUUCGAAGAUAAACAAAAGAAGGUUGCGACGUUAUCCGGUGUGCAAGGUGAUUUUGGGGGCCAGCAGAUAACUAUCAAAGAUUUGUUGGAUCCUCUUCAUGGGAAGGCUGGGUACAGCAAGCUCAGGAAGAGGUUGCAUCAGCUGGAAAAGGCGCCAAUGGCUAUUCAGGCACCUCUCCCGAAAGUGGAGAAAGACAAACUGGAGAGGAAAGUGACAUACGAAAAAUCGAGAAAGGAAAUUACAAAAUGGGAGCCGCUAGUUAAGAGGAACAGAGAGGCUCCUACUCUUUACUUUGGUGAAGAUAUAGACCUGGGGAUGCACACUGUCGGAACAAUUGCUGCUGAGUAUAAACCAAGGACAGAGUUUGAGAAGAAAAUGGCUGCACUUAUUGGUGACCCAGCGGUAAUGGAAGCUCAUAGGAAGGACGGUGCUAGACUUUUAGAGCUCAACAAGGUAACAAUUGAGGAUGUAAUGGAUCACCAAAAUCGUCUUGCUAAAAUGCGCAGCCUUCUUUUCCGUCAUGAAAUGAAGGCUAAACAUAUUAAGAAUAUUAAGUCAAAGACUUAUCAUCGUAUACUGAAGAAGGAGAGACGGAAAGCAGGCUCAGCUGAGGCAAAUGUGGAUCCUGAAGCUGCCAAGGAACUUGCUAUUAAGCAGGAAUUUAAACGCGCCGAGGAGCGCAUGACACUGAAGCACAAAAACAGCUCGAAGUGGGCAAAACGUAUUUUGAAGAGAGGAUUUAAAGCUCAAGAUGAAGGCACUCGGACUGCUAUUGCUGAACAACUUCAACAACAUGCUCUACUAACAAGGAAAAUGAAUUCUAUGAAUGAGAAUAGCAGCAGUGAUGAAACUAGUGAUGAUGAUUCAAAUGAACUUUUGCCCUGUUCGGAUAGUGAGGGAGUUUCUAAACUUCUUAAUAAAGCGAAAGAGAAGACAAUCAAGGCCAUGGAAGAAGAGGACGAGAUACCUAAAUCAGGAGUUUUUGCAUUGCCUUUUAUGGAGCGUAGUUUGAAAAAACAAAAAGAGGCUGCUCAUGAAGAAGCUCGCCUUGCUCUUCAAGAAUAUGAAUUAUCUUUGGGGAAACUGGAGGGUGAUGCGGCUGAUCAAUCAACUGAUAAAAGAAGUGGUAGAAGAGUUUUUGUUGGAGCUAAAUCACAGCCAAUGAUGCUUAGUACUAGGGAAUCUGAAAAUCAUAAUGAUAGUGAUAGUGAAGCGGAGUUUGAGGUUAGAGAGGAAGAAAACAAACAUAAAGUUGAAAGUGGCCCACAGGAUGCCCUGAUUGGAUCUGCACUUGUUCCUGAUGAUGCAGAAACAGGUCAGGAAACAAUAUAUAAGGCUUUUGAUGAUAUUAUUAAAAACCCCGGAUUGAAGACAACCUAUGAAGUGGCAAUUUUUGCUUCUAACACUUGGAAAAAGAUGGGAGGUCAAAACACUGGCGACAAUAUCACGGAGAAAUCUGCAGUAGCUGAUAAUCUUGUUUUUCCGAGUCAGAAUUUGGUGGAAGCUGAUGACAACAGUGAUUCUGAUUCAGACUUGGAGAUGGUGGAUGGGUUUUUAUCUGCUCACCCUAAGUCUGAUGAUUAUAAACUACCAUCUCAAGAUGAACUUAAACAUCGUGCCUUUGCUGGUGAUGAUGUUGAAAUGGAAUUUGAAAAAGAGAAAAUAAAUGUCCUUAAUGAAGAGAACCCUGAACCCGAAAAACCUGUUUUACUUCCUGGAUGGGGUCAGUGGACUCACGUACAACAGAAAAAGGGUAUUCCUUCUAUAAUUACAGAAGAACAUGAAAAAGCUAAAAGGAAGAGAGAAGAAUCCCUAAAGAAAAGGAAAGAUUCGCAUCUGAAACAUGUUAUUAUCUCAGAAAAGAUUGACAAAAAGGCUGAGAAACUUCUCGCAAAGACUUUGCCCUUCCCUUAUACUUCUAAUGAGGCUUACGAGCAGAGCAUCCGCAUGCCUAUUGGACCAGACUAUAAUCCAGCAAUAUCCAUUGGAGCUCUCAAUCGACCAGCUGUUGUCAAGAGAGCUGGUGUAAUUAUUAACCCGAUAAAGUAUGAAGAUAUCGAUCCAUUUGGCAAAUCUGAAGGCUCAAAGGAACCAAAGCAGAGCAAGCAGAAGAAGCCAAACUCAAAGAAAACUAAACUUACUGGCCGGAAAGUCUCCAAGUAAUUGUAAGCCUUGAAAUUACAACGGAGUUCUGCCAUUCUUUUGCUAUUGCUCUUCCUUUGUCCAGGUGAAGAUGGGAAAUUAUUAUCUUUUAAUAUUACCAGAGAGCAUUUAGAUUGAUCUUCUACCAUUGCCCUCCUUGAUAUGGGAAGCCAGGUUUAUUAAGAAGAGGGAACUGGUUUUUGCUAUCUAUAAUAAUUUGAGUUUUUCAAGAAAUUGUGCUUCGCGAGACUUGUAAGUAUUUUGAACUCCCAAGCAAUCCUAUUUUCAUGUUA